AUGGAGCUGGUGCGCCUGCUGCUGCGCCUGAUGCACUGGAGCGGCGCCCUGCGACACCCCUCCCCGGCCACCGGCUGCUACCCGCUCUACUCGGCCGGCCUGCUCGCCCUCACCGCCUGCUUCGUCGCCACACAGGUGGCGGCGGUGGUGGACCGGCAGGCGGGCGCCGACCUGGACCAGGCGACGCUGGCGCUCUGCGUCGCCUCCACCAUGUGCGUCGCCAUCUGCAAGGUCCUCAACAUCCUGCGCUCCGAGCAGCUGUUCCUCAGGCUGGCGCACGAGGUGACGACGCAGCCGGAGGGCCUCUCCGCCUGGGAGCGCGCGGCGUGGGCGGCGUCGGCGCGCCGCGUGCGGCGCCUGUCUGCGGUGUACGGCGCGCUGGCCGCCUCCAUGGCCGUCACGUGGCCGGCGGCGCCACUGGUGGCGGCCGGGGGCGGCGGGGCGCUGCCCUUCGUGGCGCGCUUCCCCUUCGACGUGGGCGCGCCCGCCGGCUACGCGGCCGCCUUCGCCUUCCAGCUGGUCGUCGUCGGCGUGGUGGCCGUCGUCGUGCCCUGCAGCGACCUCUUCACCGUCGCCUGCGUCUCGGCACGCUGCUGCGCAUCCUGGAGCGCCGCGCCGCGUCGAGCGCCUCGGAACCGCGGCCAGUGCCCCAACCCCUGGAGGGCAGCGCCCCACCCCCGCCACGGGACGCGCCGUCGCCGGCGCCGACCCCCUGCACCGGGCGCUGCUCAGUGGAGCACACCUGGGUGGCCUUACACUCACGUGUGUUGUUGCAGCGAGGCGGAGUGCCUGAACCAGGCCGUCGGCGGGGCGCUGCUGCCGCAGGUCGUCGCCUCGGCGGCAGGCAUCUGUUUCCUGCUCUUCCAGGUGGCCAAGAAAACCUCGUUCCAUGUGGUGGAGACCGGCAAGCUGCUAGGCUACCUGACGUUCAUGCUGUCGCAGCUGCUCUUCUACUGCUGGUUCGGUGACGACAUGCUUUCCAAGAGCGAGCGUGUCGCGCUGGCGGCCUACCGCUGCGCCUGGCCGGGCGCGCCGACGAACUUCCAGCGAUCGCUGCUCCUCGUCUCCAUGCGGGCCCGGAAGCCGCUCACGCUGCGCGCCGGCAAGUUCUUCGUCUUCUCCAGGCAGGCCUUUGUCCAGGUGAUGAACGUAUCAUACUCAUACUUCACUGUGCUGCGCAGCCUCUCGGAGUCUUGAGAGGCUGCCCAGCACCGGCUACAGCCACGGCUCACACUCCAUCACGAACUACACGACCUAGCUGCGCUUCACCCCUGUCUGCUGCUAUCUCAUCUGAGAACACACCACAAGUACUUCACAAGCAAAGACUCAAAAAUCAAUAAAGGAUUUACUACUCUAACCGUGUGAUAUUUUCACAAUUUUCCCACCAAAAUAGGUUCUCAAAGUGUACAGAUGCCUCAAGCAGGACUGUUUAACUUACAAACAUUUCUCUUGUAUAUUUCAUUAACCUUUCGCCGUAUUACGAUUUCUGUUAUCGUCGUACGCAACUUAACGUAAAUGAAAAAUAUUUCGCUUCAAGUGAUGAAAUACAAGGUGCUACAAGUCAAAGGAUCAAACAGAGGUGUUCCAUUCGUUAUGGUUUUGAAAACUGUAGAUGUCAGUGGAAAAUAAAAUUAUGAAAUUAUAGUUUCAUUUCCCUACGAUCAGUCAGUAAGCAAAUAUCAGAACCAGGAAAAUUAUCUGUAUUUUUUUCAGGAAACUGAAUUCCAGAAAAAUUGCAGAAAAUUACUUGAGGGAUAUUCUUUGUGUUAAAUCAUUUUCAUAUGAUGAAAACUUCCCACCCAGACGGAGAAUGCACACAAUUACUAAAAACAUUCAUCCGAAUUCGUCCGUACUAUAUUCUCUCUGCUCAAUAUGCCAAGCGCAAUCAAUUUUUUUUAAAUCGUCCCUUGCCUAUUAAUUUCUAAUGAGCCAUUGCGAAAAGAAAGAAAUAAAACCCUGUCAAGGCAUUAUAGUUAAAUUUCGACUAAGUAGAAUGUUGCAUUCACUGGCAUAAAAUUUGGUGUAAGAAAGCAAAUGAGGUAAAUUCUACAUUGAGUGAGGUGAGUUCUACAUUGCACAAAAAUACGUUAAAAUGUUAAUAUUGUAACGCAAUUGC